UACUAUUUAACAAAUAUUAAAAUCACACAAAUUUUAUUCAAUAGUAUAUUUUAUUGCCUUUAUUACACUAAUACGGCAAACAUAUGGCAGCCACAUAUGCCCACCACGUUCAGCCAUUAAACCACCAUGCUACUUUGAGACACCUGGCGAUGCCUGUAUAGUGUACUGCACGGGCACCACCAUGAUCAACUUAACCGACAUUUUCCUUGACCUGAGCCACAAACUCGGAAAUCAAUCAAAACAUUUCUCGCAGCUCGAGGUCUACAAUCAGGCCAUCACUGAAUUGCCCGCUGGUGUGUUUGCCGACAUACAGUUUGACACAAUACAUGUGGACAACGCCCGUAGUCUACGACACAUACAUAAGGACGCGUUCUCCGGGCCCACACGUGACACUAUAACAUCAGUACAGAUAAGUCAUACGCCUAUUAGCGAUGCUAAGGGCGAGUAUGACUUAUUCGCUGCCAUACGGACGCUGAAAGGGUUGACUGAUUUAGAGCUAUGGGAGUCGGAGCUGACCGAAGUGCCCGACGGGGCGGUUCAGUCAUUGCCCAAAUUGGCUACAAUUUUUAUCGGUGACGGUAACCUUCAACGUUUGGGCAAACAUGCGUUCGCAGACUUGCCCUCAUUGACCGGUUUAUGGCUCGGGUUUAAUAGCAUAGCUGAUGUGUCGGCCGAAGCGUUCGCUGUGGGCCCGACACCCGGCGCUAAUGAUGAGAAACAUGAAGAUAAAAUGUAUUUUAAAUUACCUAGCUUAAUUGGCUCGUGGUUAGGGUUAAGCAAAACACCCGUGGAGUUCAAAGCAAGCGAUAAGAAACUUGAUAUACAUCUGGAAAAUAAUAAGUUGUCGACACAUGUGUUGGUGAAGGAGGCGCUGACGAGUAUUAAACGACCCGUCAAUCUCUACGUAUACUAUAAUGAGUUUGAGUUCUUGAAUGAGACGGUGUUUGAGUCGUUUUUGGCUCAAAACCCGUUGAAUACAAUAUACUCGGACACCGACUGUAAGGACAGCCGUAAUGAUUGGUUGCGACAAAAGUAUGAAAAGCAGUGGUCCGACGAUAAUUGUUAA